AUGUCUGGACAGCUUUUCUCGGAAAUUGCACUAUGCGUAGCUAACGUUGUGAUUGCUGCACAGCAUCCAGUGACCCGCAUCGGUCGCCUUUCUGAUCCUCCUCCUGUCCUUCCCUCCGGCUUCGACACACGCGCAACGAACAUGAGUGCCCAAGAUUACUAUCAUGGAGGACAACCUCAGCAGGGUGGUUAUUACCCGCCUCAAGGUGGCCCGCCUCAGCAGGGGGGUUACUAUCCCCAGCAACCCCAACAAGCCUACCAACAAGGUUAUAACGCUCCAUACCAAGGGGGCCCGCCGCCGCAAGGUUAUCCUCAGCCGGGAUACCAGGGUCAGCCUCAGACCGUCUACGUUCAACAACCGCCCGAGAAGAGUGGUGGAAUGGCUUCAGGUGGUUGCAUGGCUUGUCUUGCUGGAAUGUGUCUCUGUUGCUGCGCGGAAGGAUUUUUGUCUCCUUUCUGGAUUCUUGCCACCCUCUUUAUGAAAUUCGCUUGCACUGAUUGA